AUGUCGGUCAAAUACAACAACGCACAAAUUAUAUUUCUACGAACACUUAUUAAAAAUUUCAUUAAACGCUUAAUUGACAGCUUCUUAUGCCAACACAUUCGAACCCUCCUUUUAAGUACGACAACACAUUUAUUCCUCCAUGGCCCAAUAGUCGUAGUUGGUGAUAUCCAUGGACAACUCAACGACCUCCUCCGGAUCUUCAUUGAAGAGGGUUUACCCCCCGCAACGACGUACUUAUUUCUUGGUGAUUACGUUGAUCGAGGGAAAUAUGGAGUCGAAGUGUUAGUACUUCUUUACGCCUUAAAAAUCCAACACCCGGACAACAUAUUUCUCUUGCGUGGCGACCACGAGUGUGCACAGAUCAAUCGCUAUUAUGGGUUUCAAAACGAGUGUUUGUUGAAAUACGGCGACUUACUAGUGUGGAAUGCGUUUGUUUCGACAUUCAACGUCUUUCCGUUCACCGCGUCUGUCAACAACAAAAUCUUCUGCGUCCACGGAGGGUUGUCGCCGUACCUCAAAGAGUUCAGUCAAUUACAACGGAUUAGCAGACCGACAGAUAUCCCGUGGAGUGGACUUCUUUGUGAUUUGGUGUGGAGCGAUUACUCUCCAAAAGUCAAUGGCUUCGAAUUAAACACAAAGCGCGGCAUCUCCGUUGUAUUUGGAAAGAAGGCUUUGAUGGGCUUUUUGGAAAAGAAUGGCUUCGAAAUGUUAGUCCGAGGCCAUUGCUUUGUCGACGGAUUCACAGUGAAGAUGCCAUGCGUCUCUGUCUUCUCUGCUUCAUUCUACCAAGGCAAAUUCUUAAAUACCGGCGCAGUCCUCAAAAUCUCGGGAUUGAAUUGUCUCUCAUUCACUCUCUUUUGCGAUCCUUCUUAUCGAAACAUCACAAAAAUCAAGAAAAACAAAAACCAGGGCGAGAAGGACGGAAAGAGCACACCUUACCCCUCGUCCGGGUAUGGAGAAAUUGACGAAGGAUUAAGUCCACUCGGAAACUUGUAA